CCCCAGGUGUGUGUGAGCCCUUUCCCUGUGCUGCACAACGAGGCUGGGCAAGCUCUAAACACAAAAUAUUUCUGUGUUGAAAGAUCUGCAGCUGCUGUUGGUGCUGCUGAAUUAACGUGGCCUGGGCUGAACAAAGGCAUCAUUCAGCCAGAGGAGAACGACCCAGUUACAGGCUCGGGACAGAGUUAUUUUGGGGGUUUAGAUUAAAAGAAGAAAUCCAAACUUUUUACCUUUGGGGGAUUGAAGUAUUUGGUGAAAUGGACCUUGCAGUCCUGAUCCCACACCCCCAGGCAAACCCUGACUGCUUCCCUUCCUGCUGGGUCUUGAUCCCUCUCAUUCCUGCCACGGAGCCUCCCAAGGACACACCGUGUGUUGACUCAGCUGGUGCCCUCCCCAAACAACCCCCUGCCUGUCACUGUCCAUCCCACUGUGUUCCUCCUGCCUCCCAAAUCUGUGUCCUGCCACCCUGGGUGGUGUUGGAUAGAGGCUACUCUGCAGAAACCUUUGGGAAAGCCUCCCCAGGGGGAAGGGAGGGCAGGCUGCCUGUCAGAUCCCCAGGUAUUUUUAUUACCAGCUAAUUUCUAUCUGCUGAAUUAUUUCUGGCUGUCAUGUACCUUGUGCUGUGCAAAAUUACCUGCACUAAGGACAUGCCACAGGGCCACAAUAUCCCAGUGGAGUACAACAGAGCCCUGCCUGAUUGUACUGGGAAGGAUCUGAAAUGGGAAACUCAAUUCAAUAUCGAGUGUUGAGGAAUAAUUUACUUUUCAAAGGACAGCUGGAGUGUCCCAGCUCUCUGGAUCCGGGAGCUGAAGUGGUUCCAGAGGGCUGUUGGAAGUGGUGCUCACACCCCUCUCGGGCUGAAGGAGCCCUUUAAUGGCUCAGGUUACCAGGUGCACUGAGAAAACAUUUGGGAAAGGCUUAGAAAAAACCAGUAAACAUCCAGGCUGCUCUUUCCAGAUCUAGUUUUACCCUGACCCCAACCCAGAAAGAGGCAUAUUUUCAGCUGCCCACUUGGAAGCUUAUCCACUUCCAACAACAGAGCUGAGGUGACCCCGGGGUGAGGGAGGUGCUGGGCUGAACUCACACCAACCCUCUGUCACAGCAGUGACCCUGUCCUGGGGUGGCUCUUGUUUGCCAUGGAACUUCUGGAGCUUCAAAUCAGGCUUCUUCACAUCAGAUGGAUGAAACUACUCUAAAUUCUAUUUUAGAAUGGAGUUUUUAAACCUUUCUGUGCUGACUUUUCCCCUUCCCUCAAGACACGUUGAUGAAUUCUGGGUGCAGAAUCCCUCACACUUGUAUCUCAACCUGAGAUGAUAAUCUAAAAAUCCUAAAGCAUUUAAAAUACAUAUUAUUCCAAACAGCAAUAGUACAUAGCAACAAUGCAUUGUUGUGUUUAUAUCUUAUUUUAUCCUUUUAAUACCGAACAGGGGAUAUUUUAAAGCAAACUGCUCAAGAUUGGGGCGAAAUUUCCAGUCCAGAUUUUCACCACAGUGAAAACAUUAAGAACCCCAGCUUGGUGAACCCUCACUUACCAAAUCAAGAUGACGACGGCCACGCCACUAAGCAACAACACUCAGCUCUCAGGGAACGUGACCACAAAGUCUCAAGAACAAAGUCUCUAUCAAAGUUCUGGAGCAAUAGUUGCUGCCAUCGUGGUGGGAGUGAUCAUUAUUUUUACAGUGGUUCUGCUCAUCUUGAAGACAUACAACAGGCGCAUGAGGGUGAAGCGGGAGCUGGAACCCAAACCCUCCAAGGCAGCGAUGCCACCUCCUCUGGGGCACAACAGCCUGUGCCAGCCUCCCACAGUGACCUUCAUCCCUGUGGACAUCCACCUGCACGACAGGUAACCGGGAACACUCGUCCUCCCCGGCAGACAAGAGGUGGAACUGCUGCUCGCACGCACCCGGGACUCCUCAGCAAAGCAUUUGGGACAGCAACGGGCUGUUGCUUUGCCUGUGGAUUGUCAUUAAUCCUGAUUUCUCUCUUUGGGAGGAAAAAUAAGAGGUCUGGACACUCUUCCUGUGGCUGAAAUCAGCUGGUGGAGGCGCAGGAAUCAACAGAGCCCUGGGUGUGGGGAGAGCGGAUAAAGCAAGAAGGUGCCAGCUCAGAUUUUGUGGAGCUUUUGCUUGCUCAGAGUUUGAACUUUUCUCUGUUCUGCUGAUAAACAGGAAGAAAAAUCUGGACGUGCCACAGCUCAGGUUGGACCUGGGUUUGUUGUGAAUUACAUGGCACAGGUUUGUGGUCUGUUUUGAUAGCACAGGAAGCAUCAGAAUUGUAUUUAUCGUUACUCACCUGUCGUGUUUCUAAGGCCACGUGUGUAUGGGUUGAGAUAAAAUGGUACUUUUUAUGUUCAA